CGCAAAAACACCAGCCCCUCUUCGUGAACAGAAGAAGCGUGAGAGACCACCAUUCGAGGCGAGGCGAGGCGAGGCGAAUUCACAUCUCCGCCGCUCAAACCCUACCGGAGAUUCCAAUCCAUGCCUUGCGAGCACUAGCUUCGCAGAUCCGAGCGCCUCUCUCCUCUCCAAUGGCCUCCGACGCCGCCUCCGCCUCGGCGGAGAUGGAGGUGGCCUGGCAUUUCCUCACCGUGCUCGUCCGCCUCGGCCGCCCCGCCGCCGCCUCGAACCUCGCCGCCGCCGCGCCCUCCUACGUACCUCCGCGAGCCAUCGAGCGGAUGUGCUUCAUACCUGGGUCGCCGCUGCGGCUCUCCGACGGCGGCCUCGUGACGGCCUCCGAGACGGCCGUCGCGGCGUUUCUGAGGUUCGUGGGGUGGGAUGUCCCGGCGCCGAGGGUGAGUCUGAGGCCUUCCGAGGUGCCGAUUCGGUAUGAGCUCAAGCGGAAAGGGUCAGAUGCGGGGUGCUUCGGAGCGAAGAGGCGCCGACUGCUGGCUCCGGACGCAGAUUUGGUGGAACACAGGGAGCGUCAGUUGCAUCUGCUGGUUGCACAAGCAUGUGCUCCGGCUGCUACCGGAGAGGUACAUAUGGAGGUUAUGCGAGAGUUGCAAGAUAGGCUUCCCACUCUCAGCACAUUUAUUGGUGAACCGUCCUUAGAAUUUUCAACUGGGUUUACUCUGGUUCCCAGCAUUGCUAAAAUUACCAUGCCUUGUCUUCAACCCAAAAUUGACCAGUCUCUUAGAGGCAAUGGUGGCUCAGUUCUUGGGAACAUGGCAUUAGCUCUAGUGCCAAGGCAGUUGUCAGACAGCCCUUGUUGUAUCGAUCUUCCUUCACCCGAUGCUGAGAAGUCGAAAAAUAUUCAUACAUCACUUGAUGAUAAAAUUAGUAGGAUCGGUGAAUCUGAACAAGUUUCAUCCCACAACUGUAGAGUAGAGGAUAGUGAUGAUCUAGAAAAAGAGUCCGUCCUCCUUCCCACGAUCAUUCAUGCUGUUUUGGUUGGGGAAAAGAAAAAUGGGGUUGAGGAGGAUCUAAAUCUUAUUUGCAAAAAGCCUGGCAGUCCAAUUAAUUCCAAUAUGAAGGCAGUAGGUAAUAUAGAAACAGUUGAUAUGAUCCCAAAUGGAGCAGAUGCUUUGCAAUACAGCGGCCCAAAUGCUGGUUAUCAUGGGACUGUCCCAACUUAUGGUCAGGAAAAUAAUCCACUGGGUGCUAGUGCAUGUGCAGAAGUUCACAAGAAUGAGGCAACACACAAUUUGUUUCAGCCUCCUACAGACACCAGAGCUGGAUCUAUAGUACCUCAAAUGAACAGAAAUGUUGAACCUGCAGCAUUGCCACUAGAAGCUACAAAGUAUGACUGUAUUAACAAGAGGAAAUUGAACAUUAUUGCUGAAAAUAGAGAAAGCUCAUAUCUAAAUCUUGGAGAACAGAUUCGGAAUGAAGUGGCUGUCAAUAUAUCUAAGAAUGGGCAGGAUAGAAGGGUUGUGAAGCAAAAGGGGAAGAGCAAGAAAAAUGGACCGCCUAAAGAAGAUAAGGAUCAACUUGCAGCAAAGGCUCAAAAGGGCCAUGUAGUGACAAAACCACUUCCAAGCUUCAAGGAUUUUGUCAUAGAAGAGGAGGAAGGGUCUGGAGGUUACGGGACUGUUUAUAGGGCUCGGAGGAAAAUAGAUGGACAAGUUUUUGCUAUAAAAUGUCCUCACCCGAAUGCUCAUUCACAUCAUGUUUACAAUGAACUAAAGAUGCUGGAGCGUUUUGGGGGCAAAAACUUUGUGAUUAAAUAUGAAUGCUCUUUUAGAAGUGGUGACCUAGAGUGUUUUGUUCUAGAACAUGUUGAGCAUGACAGACCAGAGAUUCUGAAAAAGGAAAUAGGCAUGCUUGAGUUGCAGUCGUAUGGGUACUGUAUGUUCAGAGCUCUUGCAAGCUUACAUAAACAGGGCAUAGUGCAUAGAGAUGUCAAACCUGGAAACUUUCUCUUCUCUCGCAAACUGAUGAAGGGGUAUCUUAUUGACUUCAACUUGGCAAAUGAUCUCCACCAGAAGUUCUUGAAAAACUGUAAAUCUGAGACAAUUUCAUGUGGGAAGGAUACCGUAUCUCAAACUUCAUCAACUUUUGCCCCGGUAGUUCAUGCCGAAGAAGCAGCUGCUGAUUCAAAGCAACCUCUUCCUUCCAAGAGGAAAAGAUCCAAUAGAAGCCCAGUCGGUGGCACACCUAAGAUUGACAAUAAAAAUAGGCAUGGUAGCCAAGCCGCUGAUGUAUCUGGUGUAACCUCCGCCAAGGAUCCUACAAGCACAAAAACAUCAUUAGACAGGUUGAAGCAGCCAAUGCCUUACAAAGGGCGAAAGGAAUUAAUGAACUUCUUGCAUGAAGCAAUGCAAAGUCCCAACAAAAAUACUUUGCCUGCUCCAGUUUCCCAAAGGAAGAGGGUCGCUGCUCCUUUUGGUAGUGUGGAUCGAAAGCUCUUUACACUGACUCCAAUGCCCCUGCGUUCUGGUGGUAGUGCUGUUGCUGGUUCUGGCAUGUUUAACAACAAAGGACAUGGGAAACAUCGAAGAGAAGGUCCAUGUGUUGGAACUAAAGGAUUCCGAGCUCCAGAGGUUCUUUUUAGGUCUUUCCACCAGGGUUGUAAAGUUGAUGUCUGGUCAGCUGGGGUGACACUCCUGUACCUGAUAAUUGGCAGAACACCUUUUGGAGGAGAUCCUGAACAGAACAUCAAGGAAAUAGCGAAGCUGAGAGGCAGUGAAGAACUGUGGGAAGUAGCGAAAUUGCACAACUGCGAAUCUUCCUACCCUUCGGAUCUCCUUGACAUCAAGUUGUUGCACUCGGUGGAUCUCCGGGAGUGGUGUGCAGCCAAUACGCGCAGGCCGGAGUUCCUCAAGAUGAUACCUGACUCGCUGUUUGAUCUUGUGGACAAGUGCUUGGCCGUUAACCCUAGGUGCAGGCUCACAUCAGAGGAUGCGCUUAUGCAUGAGUUCUUUUCUCCAUACCGUGAAAGCCUCAGGAAGCGAAGGAUGCUUAGAAGGUCAGCUGUUUCUGAUGCUGCAUGUUCUUCACACCAAAACACAGGAAGCUUAUAGCAAAACAAUCAUAGCGCUCGUUCCGCCGUACAGACUUUGCUUUAACAUCUGUAAGCUGAUUGUCACUCGCUAGCUAAUAACAGGCAAGUCAAUAGCCUAACUUUUCUCGCCUGAUGUAAAUAAAUGCGAUGCUGAAGAUGUACUAAUCCCCUGUGCUGCCAGUGUUGUAUUCGAGUUGGACUCAUGUACGGCGAGUAUGUGAUGUGUAACAAAAUUUUGUCAAGUAUACUUGUCUCUGGAACCCAUAGUUUUGCUUCAUGAAAUGUUAAUCACUCCACUGCUUUCGCCAU